AGUGCAGAUAUUAUUUAAAAUAUUAUUGAGAGAUUAUUAAUUAAUAUUGACGUGAGGGGGAAAUAGUAUAGCACGUUCUUAAGCCAAAACAAAUAUUAAACAGUGACGACACCAAUAUAUAUACAAACAAAGAAAAGCAAUCGUUAUCUUAAAUCUUAAUCAAGAUAAAAAAAACCACCACAAACACCACCCACUCCCACAUCAACAGCUACGUACAGUCAACACUCAAUAAUCUCUGGAGACUUUUCCGUGGCCCGUGACUAUGGAUAUCAGUAGCAGAGAAGAACCAGAUUAUUCGCCGAAGUGGGAAGAACUCCUCGGAAGCAACAACUGGGACAACCUUCUUGCCCCGCUUAAUCUCUCCCUACGAAAACUCAUCCUCCGCUGCGGAGACUUCUGCCAAGCCACAUACGACGCCUUCAACAACGACACAAACUCCAAGUACUGCGGCUCCAGCCGCUACGGCAAGAACUCCUUCUUUACAAAAGUCAUGCUCGAAAACGACACUCACUAUGACGUCGUUUCAUUCCUCUACGCCACCGCCCGUGUUAGCCUCCCCGAGGCCUUCAUUCUCCACUCCAUGUCCCGCGAGUCAUGGGAUCGCGAGUCCAACUGGAUCGGCUACAUCGCAAUCACCAACGAUGACGUCAGCAGAGCCUUAGGGCGCCGCGAAGUCUACGUGGCGUGGCGUGGCACCACUCGGAACUACGAGUGGGUCAACGUCUUAGGAGCCGAGCUUGAGUCAGCCGAGUCGCUACUGAGUCCGAAUACGAAACACGAACUCGGAAACGACACCAGCAGCAGCGACAGCGACAGCGACAACGAUAAAAGUCACCCGAAGGUGAUGAAGGGUUGGCUCACCAUAUACGUAUCGGCAGAUCCGAAAUCCCCGUUCGUUAAAUCAAGUGCUAGAGUUCAACUAUUGACGAAACUCCAAGAGGUGAGAGAGAAGUACAAAGAAGAGAAACUAAGCAUAGUGAUGACAGGUCACAGUCUCGGAGCGAGUUUAUCUAUUGUGAGUGCUUUUGAUUUAGUGGAGAAUGGGUUUUCGGACAUUCCAGUAUCGGCUUUUGUGUUUGGAUCUCCACAGAUAGGGAACAAGGCCUUGAAGCAGAGGAUGGAGCGGUAUCCGAAUCUAAAGAUUCUACACAUAAGGAACAAGAUCGAUCUGAUACCGCAUUAUCCGGGGAGGUUGUUGGGGUACGUGGAUGUGGGGACGAGAGAGCUGGUGAUAGACACACGCAAGUCUCCGAGCUUGAAAGAGUCGAAGAACCCGAGCGAUUGGCAUAACUUACAGGCGAGUUUGCACGUGGUGGCAGGGUGGAAUGGGGAGGAGGAUGGGUUCGAGCUGAAGGUCAAGAGGAGCUUGGCUCUGGUCAACAAGUCUUCGGCGUGUCUCAAAGAGGAGUGUUUGGUGCCUGAGUCUUGGUGGGUGGAGAAGAAUAAAGGAAUGGUCAUUGAUAAUGGGGUUUGGAUUUUGGCUCCACCUUUGGAUGAGGACCUACCUGUUCCUGAAUUAUGAUUAUUUGUAUCCAAAUUAUUUGUACUAUUUUGAAAAUAAAAUUUUACCAUUAUUAUAUAUGUGAAGGUUAAUAUAGUAUAGUUGACAAGUUUUUAUUUAUUUAUUUAUUGUUAUGAGAAAGUAUGAAGUUGAUAAGUCCUGCUUAUAUUGUAAUGAUUUUAGCAAGAAGUAUGAGGAAAACAGAGAGAAAAGAAAAGCUUGAAAGCUUUGUAUUUUA